UGGGGACAACGGCACGGUCUGGCCGCGUCCCCGACACCGCAGCGUCUUGCUUGCUGAGCGAGGAGAGCGGGUCGGUCGGUCGGCCUUGGGAGGUCCAGUCGCGGCGGUUAGACCCACUGGAGCAGCGGGAAGUGCUGCUUCCAGUCGCCCUUGGAAAACUUCUGUGUAGAGUCCCUGCAGCCUGUGAACUGUGUGAGUGGUGGCAACCACUGUCUCAGCGAACAGAUGUAGGGAAUACAAGUGCCUGCUUCACAGCCUUGGGAAGGCAUAAACGGGUCCCUGAAGACCGACUUGGAAGAAGCGCUAGACAUAAUGUCAAGUGGAGAUGGCCUGCCGUCCCAGACUUCCAACAAGCCCACUUUUACUGAGAUACAAGCCUCUGCACUGGUAGAAUCAGUAUUUGGGUUCAAAGUUUCUAAGAUCCAGCCACUCCCUAGCUAUGAUGACCAAAACUUUCACGUUUGCAUUUCAAGAACCAAAGACUCUACAGGUGACCCCGUCGAGUAUGUCCUCAAAAUAAGCAACACAGAGUCUAGCCAAACUCCAGACCUGAUUGAAAUGCAGAACCAUGUCAUCAUGUUUCUGAGAGCAGCUGGAUUUCCAACACCCUCUGUGUGCCGAACUAAAGGGGACAACACAAUCUCGCUCAUGUCCAUUGAUAGUGGAUCUGAAAUCAAAAGCUACUUGGUGAGAAUGCUCACUUACCUCCCAGGAAGACCCAUAGCUGAGGUUGCCAUCAGCCACCAGCAAUUAUAUGAAAUAGGAAGGCUAGCUGCCCAGUUGGAUAAAACAUUGGAGGAAUUCCAUCAUCCAAAGUUAAAUCUUCUUCAUCGGGAGAACUUCAUAUGGAAUCUGAAAAACGUUCCUCUUCUAGAGAAAUACAUAGGUGCCCUAAGCCAGAAUCGAAACCGGGAGAUUGUUGAACAGGUCAUUCAGCUGUUCAAGGAAGAAGUAAUGACCAAAUUAAGCCAUUUUCGAGAAUGUAUCAAUCAUGGUGAUCUUAACGACCAUAACAUCUUAGUAGACAGCAAGUCAGCCUCUGGAGAUGCUGUGUACCAAGUGUCUGGGAUUUUAGACUUUGGUGACAUGAGCUAUGGCUACUAUGUGUUUGAAGUGGCAAUCACCAUCAUGUACAUGAUGAUUGAAAGCACGAAUCCUCUACAAGUAGGAGGUCACAUCCUUGCAGGGUUUGAAAGUGUGAUCCCUCUGACCGCUGUAGAAAGGAGUGCUUUGUUUGUGCUUGUGUGCAGUCGCUUUAGUCAGUCACUUGUCAUGGCUGCAUAUUCCUGCCAGCUGUACCCAGACAACAAAGAGUACCUCAUGAUCACAGCGAAAACUGGAUGGCAGCAUCUACAGCAGCUGUUUGACAUGGGCCAGAAGGCCGUAGAGGAAAUCUGGUUUGAAACCGCCAAGUCCUAUGAGUCUAGGAUCUCUGUGUGACCAGAGAAAAGUUUGUAUUUCCUUGGUAAUCAAAACUCAGUUAGGUUCAGAUCAAAUUCACGGAGAAUUUUCCUGCAGAUUAAAAGUGAAAUGGUAAAACAUAUCCGUUCUAAAUACAAAGAGGCAAAGACAGGUUUAGUUUUUACAGCCAUAUUUGGGCUACAUUUUACACUUAAGAAAGUACUAUAUUAAGAACACUUUCCUAGUGUGCAAAGCCCUGGGCUCAACCUCAGCACUACAGAAAAGAAAAACACAUGCACAAGUACAUGUCUUUCUGCAGCUCUUCUUUGUCUUUUAUAUGAACCACAUAUGAUGAUAUGAUUUGUAAUCAGUCUCUCAAAGUCUAUUCCAGUCCUUAAAUCAGUAAGUUUUAAACUGUGAAAAGAAUACAUGUGUAUAGCUAUAUUCACAUAUUUUAAAUAAUCCAUAUAUUUUAACCACCUAGCCUACACAACACUAAUUCUAUGUACUCUUCUCCGACCUCACCUCUCUAGAAUCCAUUGCAUUCUUUUCCAUGGCAUUUCACUGUCUUACCUGCUUAUGGUUGUGCAGUUAUGUAGCCUGUAAAUUUGACCAUGGCAGAGACCAUGAGAAACAUGUCUGUGUGUCUCUUCUUGCACCUGUGAUAGUGCCUUUCCCAUAGAAAAGUCUUUGAACACAUUUAUAAAAUGAAUGCAUGCAAAAGGAAAGAUGUUGUGGUGCCCUAGGGGAAAACACGGGUAGGAAUCAUGAGAAGAACAUGGAGAGAGUAGCUCAGUUGGAACUCCAGAGACAGACAUUAGACAACAGUGGAACUGCAUGGAAGCAAGUGCAGACAUUCAGGCAAGGCCAUUAACCCUGAUAUCAGCAAGGUUCUCCAGCAGGUAGGAGCUCACUAUACUGCUCGCGCUGGUCUUCAACUCCUUGGUCCCCACAGUCCUCCUGUUCAGCCUCCCAGUGUGGAGCCAUAGCCCUAUACUAGAUGUUCUUCAUUCUCUAUACCUGAUUGUCUUUUUAUAGCAAUCUGUGAAGUUAGUGAAAUGAAGCCCCAUUGCAUAUUUAUCUUAAGUUUUACCUCAGUAUUUACUUAUUUCUUUUCAUGUCUCUUUAAGUAGCUAUUUACUUAUUCUUGUAGGGUGGGCUUUUUUUUUUCUGUUUUGAUACUAGAUUCCACUGUGUUGUCUGUACUGGAAUCAAGCAGGCAAACUCCUGGGCUCAAGUGAUAAUCAUGCCUCAUGCAACCAAGUAGCUGGGACAGUAGGCAUGUGCAUCACACUUGGUCCAUUCUUGUGGUUUAGCCACACACUUUCUACAAAUGGCUCAGGUCUAGAACCCUGGUCAUUCACUCACCUUGUCAGUAUUCUAGGUGAUAGGCCCUGAUACCAUAACUGCUUGUCUGUCUAUCUGCCUGUCUGCCUGUCUAUCUACCUGCCUAAAUUUCCCAAACUAGGCAUUUCUCUGAGUUUACUUGUAGAAUUCAUUUUUAACUUCUCUGUGUCUCGAUUUCCUUUGAAAAAGGAAAAAUCUUGUAAAAUCAAGAUAAUGGUUGUACCUAUCCCAGAAAAUCAAGUGUGAGGGUUUCAUAAGAGAACAUGGCAACCUCUUAGCAUGGACUCUGGCACAUAGUGGAGGCACAACAAAUUGUUACUAAAUAAUGGGUCAUAUUCCAGGUUACCCAAGCUAGAAAUAAUGGUGUGACAGCUGCUUGUUUUUCUCAUAUUCAGUCAGUGAGCCCUGCUGCUUUAACAAAUCAAGAUUUUAGGUCAGCAAUCUGGAGAAGUCCUGUCUUUCCUGCUUCAUUAAUUUUUUAGUAGCAUAUACUUUAAUUCAGAACAGACUCAUAUAAAUAUUCUGAUUAUUAACUUCCAUCUUUAGAUAAAUAAAUAGAGCCUUAGCCCUGUGGUGGCACAUGCCUUUAAUCCCAGCACUUGGGAAGCAGAGGCAGGCAUAACUCAGUGAGUUCGAGGCCAGCGGGAUCUACAAAGCAAGUAAAGCCA